GCCCCGCCUCCCCCGGAGGACCCCCGUCGCGCCCCUGCCCUCAGGGGGUCCCAGGCGUGGGGCCGCCCCGGGGCGGGCGCGGGGCAGGAUGCGCCCCCCGUCCCCGUCCCCCGAGCGCCGGCGGGUGCCGGCGCCGGUGCUGCUGGCGGCGCUGCUGGCGGCGGCGCCGGGGGUCUCGGCCUACGGCUUCCGCAACUGCAUCCAGGCGCCCUGGGACCCCGGGCUCUUCCGCUGCGUCCAGCGCUUCCUGGAGGCGGCGGCCGAGGCGGUGGACGACCUGCCGCCGGCCGCCACCGCCCUCAACCUCUCGCACAACGCCCUGGUCCGCCUGCCGCCCCGCGCCUUCGCCCGCCUGCCCCUCCUGCGGACCCUCGACCUCUCGCACAACCGCCUGGCCGCCAUCGCCCCCCGCGCCUUCGCCGGGCUGGGGGCGCUGGGCGCCCUCGACCUGUCCCACAACCGCCUGGCCGGGCUGGCCGAGGGCGCCUUCCUGGGCUUGGCCAACCUGACGCGGCUGCGGCUGGACCGCAACCCGCUGUCGGCGCUGGCGCCCGGCGCGCUGCUGCCGCUGGCCAACCUGCGCCGGCUGUCGCUGCGGGGCGGCCGCCUGCCCGCGCUGGGGCCCGUGGCGGCGGCCGUGCGGCGCCUGCCGCGCCUGCGCCUGCUCGACCUCUGCGGCAACGGCCUGGCGGCGCUGGGCCCGGCGCCGCCGCUGCCGCCCUCGCUGCUGACGCUGCGCCUCUGCAACAACUCGCUGGCGGGGCUGGCCGGCGCCGCCCCGGGGCUGCUGCCGGCCCUGCGGGCGCUCGACCUCUCCUACAACAACAUCUCGGACGCGGCGCCCUUCGCCCGGCUCUGCCUGCGCAACCUCAGCCGGCUCUGGCUGGCCGGCAACCCGCUCGACGUCUUCCGGCUGCUGGAGGCGUCGGACGUGCCGCCGCGGAGCGUGGACCUCUCCGGGCUGCGCCUGGACGCGCCGGGGGUGGCCGAGCUGUGCGGGCGGCUGCGGGGCCCGCGGCUGCCGCGCCUGCGGCUGCGGCGCAACGGCCUCGCGGCGCUGCCGGACGGGGCGCUGGGCCGCUGCCCGCCCGCCGGCGCGCUCGACCUCUCCGGGAACCGGCUGCGGCGCCUGGGCUGCGUGGGGCGGCUGCUGGGGCCGGCGCAGCGGCGGGCGCUGCGGGCGCUGCUGGUGGAGCACAACCUGCUGCGCCGGCUGCCCUCCUGCCGGGAGGCCCCGCUCCUCCACCGCCUCCAAAACGUCUCGCUCCGCUUCAACCGCAUCCUGGUGGUGGGGCCGGGGGCCUUCGCCGACGCGCCGGGCCUGCGCUCGCUGCGCCUCGACGUCAACGGCCUGGCGCGGCUGCACCAGCGGGCGCUGCGGGGGCUGCGGGAGCUGCGCGAGCUGCGGCUCGACAACAACCUGCUGACCGACCUCUACCCCGGCUCCUUCGCCGACCUGAGCCGGCUGCGCACGCUCAACCUGCGCAACAACCGCGUCUCCGUGCUCUUCCCCGGCGCCUUCGCCGGGCUGCCGCGGCUGCAGACGCUCGACCUGGGCGGCAACAACCUGCGGCACCUGGCGGGCGCCGCGCUGCAGGGGCUGGGCGAGCUGCGCCGCCUCUACCUGGACCGCAACCGGCUGCAGGAGGUGAGCGCCGCGGCCUUCCGCCCGGUGCAGGCCUCCCUGGGCGUGCUGGACCUGCGCGCCAACGCGCUGCGGUACAUCACCCGCCGCCCGCGGCACCCGCCGCCCUUCCGGCACCUGCGGCGCCUCUACGACCUGAAGCUGCAGGCGCAGCAGCCCUACGGCCUGCGGAUCGUCCCCCACCGCUUCUUCCAGGGCCUGACCUCGCUGCGCUCCCUCUACCUGGCGCGGAACUGGCUGCUGGCCGUCCCCGCCGACGCCUUCGACGACCUGGCCCAGCUGCGCUACCUGACGCUGGCCGACAGCAGCGGCGGCAUGGGCGACCUGCCGCCCGGCGUCUUCAAGAACCUGAGCCGCCUGCGCAGCCUCGACCUGGAGAACGUGGGGCUGCGCAGCCUCGGCCCCGAGGUCUUCGGCAACCUCAGCCGGCUGGAGCGGCUGCGCCUGGCCAAGAACGAGCUGCGCACGCUGGACCGGCGCCUGGACGGGCGGCUGCCCGCCCUGCGCUACCUGGACCUGCGCAAGUGCCCGCUGAGCUGCGCCUGCGCCAACGCCUGGCUGCCGGCCUGGCUGGACCGCAGCCGCGUCCAGGUGGUCUACCUCUACAACUACAGCUGCGGCGGGGGCGGCGGGGGGCCGCCCGCCUACCUGCACGCCUUCGACACCCGCGUCUGCUUCCUGGACGUGGGGCUGUACCUGUUCGCCGGCACGGCGCCGGCCGUGCUGCUGCUGCUGGCGCUGCCGCUGCUGCACCACCGCGGGUACUGGCGCCUGCGGUACCAGCUGUACCUGCUGCGGGCCUGGGCCGGCGGGCGCUGGCGGCGGGAGCGGCGCCGCUACGCCUACGACACCUUCGUCUCCUACAACUCGGCCGACGAGGGGUGGGUGCUGGGCGAGCUGGUGCCGGAGCUGGAGCGCGGCGCGCUGCGCCUCUGCCUGCACCACCGCGACUUCAGCCCCGGCAGGGCCAUCGUCGACAACAUCGUCGACGCCGUCUACAACAGCCGCAAGACGGUGUGCGUGGUGAGCCGCAGCUACCUGCGCAGCGAGUGGUGCUCGCUGGAGAUCCAGCUGGCCAGCUACCGCCUCUUCGACGAGCUCCGCGACGUCCUGGUGCUCGUCUUCCUCGAGGCCAUCCCCGACGCCGAGCUCUCCGCCUACCACCGCAUGCGCCGCGUGCUGCUCAAGCGCACCUACCUGCGCUGGCCCCCCGAGCCCCCCGCCCGCCGCCUCUUCUGGGCCAAGCUCAAGCGCGCCCUGCGGAGCGGCUACGCCGAGGGCGACGAGGAGGAGGAGGAGGGCGGGGGGGAGCCGGAGGAAGGCUGCGGGGAGGGCGGCGAGUGGCCCCGCGGCGGCGACCUUCGCUCCCCGCCGUGAGCGGGACCCCCGGGGACAGCCCCCCCCCCACCCCCCACCCCAUCCACGGGCGAAGCCGGCGGGGCAGGGGGACGGCUCUGCCCCGGGCGCCCCAAACCCACCCGUGUCGUGUGUCGCCCCCCUCCCGCGCCGGGAAACGGCCCAGAAUGGGACUUUCUCGCCCCAAAACCACCAGCCGCGCUUCCCUGCCCGGCUCCUCCCGCCGCGGGGCCGGGGCGGCAUCGGGGGGGGGGGGUGUCCCUGGGGGGGUUUGGGGGUGCCCACAGGCAGCAGCAGUGACGCCACGGUUGGGUUGGGAGGAACAGCCUUUAUUGAGCCGUGGGGCGCCCCGGGAAUGGGGGGGGCCGCCCCGGGAAGGGUGGGGGGCGUGCCGGGAAGGCACAGCCCCGCGCAGGGGCACCCCCAGGGCGCGGGGCCGGGCAGGGGGGACGCGUCCUGCCCCGGCGCCCCCGAGGGGGGGAAGCAGGAGAGGGGCAGGCACCGCAGCGCCCGCAGCCAGCCCGGCUCCCCCCGGCACCCCGACUCCGGCGCGUCCCAGCCCCGCCGCCGGCGGCUCCCCGGGGGGGCCCCGCGCGCCAGCGGCGGCUGCCAGCGGCACGGGCCGGGGGUCGGGGGCGCCGGCGGCCGCCCGGGGCGGUGGGAGCCGUGCCGGUGGCGGCGGCAGCGCGACGCUCGGCGCUCGGCACGCGGCCGGCCCGACGCGAAGCCCAGCCGGCGCGAAGGCUCGGGACUCCACGCGUCGGGGGUCCGGGGGUCCGGGCUGGCCCCGCGGCACGCGGCCGGGCUCCGGGGGGGGAAGAGGGCCGCGAGGGAGCGGCGGGGCGGCCGGCGGCGCCGCGGCGGCACCGGGCCGAAGGCCGGCGGGGCGAUGGGCGGCCGGCGGCUCCAGCUGCAGCCCUCGCCGGCGUCCUCCCCGAACCCGCACGGCGCGAAGGGGGCACCCCCGCAGGUGCAGCCGGGGGGGGAGCCGGGCGGGGGUCCGCCGGGGGCCACGGACCCCCCGUGCCGGCGGGGAUCCCCCCA